AUGAAUAGUAUCUUUGUCCUAAAGAGUUUGGUAACAGAGAAUGUGACGGUGCCACCUGUUGAGCUGGACCUUGGGACGUCAUAUAUAAAGGGGGUUGUUGCUGUUCCUCUUCAGUGUCUUUCACCUGACAUCAUGAAGAGUAUCGUCCUUGCUCUUACUGUUCUCGGCUUCGCCUACGUCAGCGCCCAAACCGAGCCAUGGUGUCGCUGCGCCAUGUUCGUCUCGACUGAACACACGGAAUGGAUGGUCUACGAGCUUCCGGAAGUGGUCAUCACCGACUGUGAGAGCCACAACCAGUGCAAGAACCGCUGCACCAAAGAGUUCAAUGAGAUGACAAACAACAUGGAUCUGUGGUCAACAGUCAACGAUCAAACGGUUGGCUCCUACCUCUGCCAGAACGUGGAACACUUCAUCCACAACAAAUACGUCCACGCCUACUACGAGAUGUGCGGCGGACCCUGGGAAUACGCCGGCCUCGACUCCCAACAGAUGCUGUGCUGUUACCAGGGACAACACGAACACUGCAUCUCCAAGUGAAACGCGCGGGAAUGACACUCUGGACACCA